AAAAAUUAUUCCGUUAGGACAAUUAUUUCGAAGUCCAGCAUCCAAAACCCUAAGAUCUCUAAUUUCGCCAUGGAUCAUCUUCAAUCUCCACCCUCCCCUCAAAACCUCAUCCACGUCUUCUACCACGAAGGCAUACUGGCUCACAACGCGGGCACGGGCGUAUUCGACAGCGGAUUCGACCCGGGGUUUCUCGAGGUUUUGGACGGGCAUCCGGAGAAUUCGGAUCGGGUGCGAAACAUGGUAUCCAUACUCCGAAGAGGACCCGUUAAGGAUUAUAUCAAGUGGCACGGCGGAAGGAGAGCCGAGAUAUCCGAGCUUCUUUCGUUUCAUACUCCUGAAUACAUAGAGGAACUUGUACAAGCUAAUAGAUCCAGGGGCAAAGAAAUCUGUGCUGGCACUUUCUUAAACCCCGGCUCAUGGGACGCUUGCCUUCUUGCUGCCGGAACCACAUUAUUAGCAAUGAAACAUAUAUUGGAUCAACAUGCAAAACUUUCUUAUGCUCUAGUUCGUCCACCUGGUCAUCAUGCACAGCCUUCUCAAGCCGAUGGAUAUUGCUUUUUAAAUAAUGCCGGUCUUGCUAUUCAACUCGCUCUAGAUUCUGGAUGCAAAAGAGUUGCUGCAGUUGACAUUGAUGUCCAUUAUGGAAAUGGCACUGCUGAGGGUUUUUAUAGGUCGAAUAAUGUUCUUACGAUCUCCCUUCAUAUGAGUCAUGGUUCUUGGGGUCCUUCACAUCCUCAAAAUGGAACUAUUGAUGAAGUUGGUGAAGGUGAUGGUUUUGGAUAUAAUUUGAAUGUACCUUUGCCUAAUGGAACCGGGGAUGAGGGUUAUGUGUAUGCCAUGAAUAGAUUGGUGGUUCCAGCUCUGCGAAAGUUUGAGCCGGAGGUCAUUGUUCUAGUUGCAGGGCAAGAUUCAAGUGCAUUUGAUCCUAAUGGAAGGCAAUGCUUGACAAUGACGGGUUAUCAUAAAAUUGGCCAAAUAAUUAGGACCCUGGCAGAUUUGUACAGUAACGGGCGUCUCCUAGUGGUUCAAGAAGGAGGUUACCAUGUAACUUAUGCCGCAUAUUGUCUCCAUGCAACCCUAGAAGGUGUUCUCGAUCUUCAGGACCGCCUAUUAUCAGAUCCCAUUGCUUAUUACCCUGAGGACAAGGGAUAUAGUAUUAAAGUUAUUGAUGCCAUUGAGAAAUAUUGGAGAGAUUCUAUCCCCUUCCUGAAGGAGCUUUGAUAAUGUUUCCCUUGUGCUAUUCUGCAAUUUAACAGAAUAGGUUACGAGUAUCCAUUCUCGCUGAGGAGGAGGUUGUUAAGAGUAUAAAAUUAUAACCCUCGACCCUCACAACAACUACAGAGUUUUGGUGCGGUGGCAGGGACGUUUGGUAUAAUGCCAGACGAAAAGAGGAUACUGCUGCUUGAUUCCAGGGCUGGGACCUUUGACGGUAGAUAUUACAUCGGUAGCAAGACACCACAGGACAUAUUUAGCAUAAUAAUUGCCUGUCUCUAGAAAAGAAAAUAGUUCUGUUUGUGAAGUGAAUCCCAUUUUAGGCUUACUUUGAUAGUGGUCCAAGAUUUAUGUGUAAACUAUGUUUAGGGUAUUGAAAAUACUAGAGAGCAUAUAUUCUCUCUUAUAAGUGGAUCAAACUGCGAACUUGUAGGCAGGAGAAUAUGGUCUACAACCAGAAAAUGACACUGGGGAAUUUCUGUAUUGAUUCUAAGAGCAUCUCCAACAGCUUCUCCAUUUUUUAUUUUUGAAGAA